GUAUUAAAAACAUCUGUUACAAAUGGCGAAAGAAACCCAAGUAAAGAUCUGGGAUCUCGGCAAAUGGGACUCGCGGGCAAUCGGGAAAUACAACACCAUACCGCGCAUACAGAAGGAGCUGCGCCGUGGAAACUGGGCCUACAUCUGCCAACAUCCAGAGAUUCGCGCCAUCGUUCGGGUCAUCCUGCAGCAGGCGAUCAAUGCGAAAUCCCAACCUGAGAACAUCCGUAAGUUUGUGGCCGAGUUCUUUAAUUGCUGUCGCACUCCGCUGCUGGUGCCAAUGAUAAAUACCCAACUGAAAUACGUCAAGGAGCAGCUAGCGCUUGGGCGCUGGAGUGCUUUCGAUGCGGAGACGCUCUUCAUGGAGACCUGCUCCACGCACUCGCUGCUGUCAGCUGCCUCCGAGGACAGCAAUGUCCCCCCCAUUCUAGCCUACGCGCUCGUCUUCAAGAAGCCCGAUGAGUGUGGCAUUGAGAAGCCGCCAUUCUAGGACUCUAGGACUCUAGGACACUAGGACUCUAGGACUCGGGGCGGCUCUAUGUUUACAAUUUCUUCACUUGCGGCCAGCAUUUAUCUAUCUAUUGCUACAAUAAUACAGACUUCCAGAGCAAUACGAUCAGAGCAGCUCUCAAUUACAUAGAACCAGUGGGUAUAAUGUAUGACCCCUGUAUAAGUGUACCAAAAUUCGCAUUAGUAAACAUUUAUUGGCUUUCUUCGUGA